UCCUCAAAGCAUCAAAAGUAAGUCAAAACAAACACUGUCAGGCAGACCGAGAGAGAGUCUCUAGGUGGUGGUGACCUCGUUCCUCCGUUUGUCCUGGAUUGGUGACGGAGAGUGUAUCAAUUCAUCCCGGGCAGUGGGCGUGUGGCGAGUGGCGUGUGGCGAGUGGCGUGAAUCUUGGACGCCAUGGCGGGUGGCUCCUCCACCCUGUAUCUGGAGCACUACCUGGACUCGUUGGAAUCGCUGCCCGGCGAUCUUCGGCGCAAUUUCACGCUCAUGCACGACCUGGACCGCAAGAACCGCACCAUCCUCCAAGAAGCCGACGCCUUAGCCGACGAAUAUCUCAGCAAAGUCCGCGACCUCACUUCAUCCGACCGCAAGGUCGAGAUGGAGAAGAUUCAGAGCCGCUUCGGCAAGGCCAAGAUCCAUGGUGACGACAAGGUGGCCAUCGCCAUCCAGACUUACGAGCUCGUGGACAAGCACAUCCGACGAUUGGACGCGGAUCUGGCCAAAUUCGAGGCUGAAAUGAAGGAGAAAGGACGAUUAUCGCAGACCGAGACGGAAACCGAGGCCGAGGCCGAAACCGGGCCCAAAUCCAAGGCCAAGAAGAAGUACACCAAGACCGCGGGCAGCAAGGCUAAUGCGGGCAGUGCGGGAGGCGGUACGAGCAAGAAGGGCGGGAAGAAGGAUGAGGAGAAGGGGGGAAAACGGGGCAAAAAGAAGGCGGCCGGUGGGAGCGGGGGACAUGCCGAUAAGUCGGCCACACCCAAGGAACCGCUUUUGGGCGGGGCCUCACUGGCCGCCAGCGUGGGCAUUCCGCAGGAGGUCCUAGAUAUGCCGGUGGACCCGAACGAACCCACGUAUUGUUUGUGUCAGCAAGUCUCGUACGGCGAGAUGAUCGGGUGCGAUAACUCGGACUGUCCCAUUGAGUGGUUCCACUUUGGUUGCAUGGGACUCACCACCAAACCCAAGGGCAAAUGGUACUGUCCCAAGUGCGUGCCUUUAUAUAAGAAGAAGAAAUGACACCGGAAGAACCGAACGUCGGAGAGUUCGGAUUGAGCAGAGACAUGAACGGACACUCGGACGGAUCAUCAGUAUUUAUAGAUAUGUCGGUCACACCCCUGUGAAUAUGGGGGGUGUGUUUUUUUUUUACCAUGAAAUAACACAUGUGCGCCAGAAUA